GGGACGGAAUGCCAGUGCCUGGGAGUAUAAGAAGGUGGUUUUCCAGGAGUUUGCUGAUGGUUCCUUUACGGAGCCUCUGGCUCACGGGGAGCUGACUGAACACCUGGGGCUCCUGGGGCCUUACAUCAGAGCGGAAGUUGACGACUAUAUUGUGGUCACCUUUAAGAACCAGGCUUCUCGGCCGUACUCCUUCUAUUCCAGCCUCAUUUCCUAUGAGGAGCAUCAGGGGCACGAAAGCAACCUCAGAAAGAAAGAAGUGAGGCCUACGGAGACGGCGACAUAUUCUUGGAAGGUGGAGCCCCACAUGGCCCCUACUGACAAUGAGUUUGACUGCAAGGCCUGGGCUUAUUUCUCUGAUGUCAACAUGGAGAAAGAUCUGCACUCAGGGUUGAUUGGGCCAAUACUGAUCUGCCACCCCAACAAGCUGAACCCAUCUCAUGGCCGCCAACUGGCUGUCCAGGAAUUCACUCUGUUCUUCACCAUCUUUGAUGAGACCAAGAGCUGGUAUUUUGACGAGAACGUGGAGAGGAACUGCAAGCCUCCGUGCGAGGCCCGGGUGGAGGACCCUGGCUUUCAGAGGAACAACCGCUUCCAUGCCAUCAACGGCUACGUGAAGGAUACCUUGCCCGGAUUGGUGAUGGCUCAGCACCAAAGGGUCCGGUGGUAUCUGCUCAGCAUGGGCAGCAACGAGAACAUCCACUCCAUUCACUUCAGCGGCCAAGUGUUCACUGUGCGGACGAGGAAGGAAUACAAAAUGGCGGUCUACAACCUCUAUCCCGGUGUUUUCGAGACAGUCGAAAUGCAGCCGUCUCAGGUGGGACUGUGGCGGGUCGAAUGCCUGAUCGGCGAGCACCAGCAGGCCGGGAUGAGCGCCAUCUUACUGGUGUACGCCAGGCAAUGUCGGAAUGCUUUGGGGAUGGCAGAGGGGCGGAUCGCCGACUCUCAGAUCACGGCUUCCGGACAAUACGGCCAGUGGGCCCCGAGACUGGCCAGACUUAACUCUGCCGGGUCCAUCAAUGCCUGGAGCACCCAGGAUGCCAGCCCCUGGAUCAAGGUCGAUCUGUUGGAGCCGACGAUCAUCCACGGAAUCAAGACCCAGGGGGCUCGCCAGAAACUCUCCAGCCUCUACAUCUCCCAGUUCACCAUCAGGCACAGCCUCGAUGGACAGACAUGGAAGAACUACCGGGGAAACUCUACCGGGGCCACGAUGAAUCAGUACAAUAGAUUCUGAAACGGAAGAAAAGAAAACAGACUGGGGAGAGACCCCCGAAAGACACGAUGGGAAAAGGGCCGCGACCCGGAAAUCCCAGAGCCCCCGAACGCCUCGGGAAAGAGGCCCCCAAGCAGAACGGGGGUGCUUGCAGGGCGGGAGCACGCUUCUGCCUCACACGUGCUCGGUGGCUAGGGUGGCACUGGCCAGCCACGUCACUGGCGCAGGCCUUCCCUCCAGACCUCAUGAGCCGGGUAGCAGCGGAAAGUGCCUGAAGGUUUGUCCACGUUAUGGCAUUCUCACAAUGCUUUGGUGAUGAGGCGGCAGCCAGGUGGCGUUGGAGUCCGGGCCCAGCUACCAAUGGGGGUAGGAACGCUGGCUCGAACCCUCCCUCUCCUUUAUUUCGCCGGCUUUUCCUUCCAACCACCAUUAGGAUCUCCGGAGCAUGGAUUUUUGAGCUAGAAGGGACCUGGGAAGCGGUUCAGUGACUUGCCCAGGGUCACCGGGUUAGCAUGGGAGGCCCAGAGCUCUCGGAGCUACAGUUUAAUUUCCGAGGAGCACGUCGUCAUCAUCCCUGGGUGG